ACUGUCAAUCCCUUCUCAAUGUAUCCUGAUUUUCUGGCAAAAUUGUAUUUGAUGGACCUUGAAAAUUGCCUUGAAAAUGCCAAGGUGUCCUGGGUUGUCAGUCACUUUGUGCAAUGGAGGGUUUCUGACUGUCAUGCAGUGAUUCUAUCCUUAUCUUGCAACUGA